AUGGCGUUCCUUCUCCCCGGUCAGCCUCCUUCACGGGCCGGACCGUGCGCUCCUCUGUUGAGGUGUGAAGGAGCGAGAGGAGCAGGGCGAAAUAAAGGAUGCAUGCAAAAGCGGGGUUUCUAGGGAUAACUCAGAAACACUGAUGGACUUUUUUCUCCAGUCUUCACAUUUCCUCUCGUAACCUCUCUCAGGGCCUGCGUGACCUUUGCGACUAACAACUCAACACGCACUUUGGGGGACUUUUUGGAGCUCGUGGACACCAUAGUCGAGGACCAUGCUCGCCCUCUGGUUGGUUCUACUCCCGUGCCUGGGCCUGGGGCCCGUGGCCCCGGCCGAGAAGGGUCUGGAGUUCCCGCAGUACGACGGGAAAGACCGCGUUCUCGACAUCAACGAUAAGAACUUCAAGAAGGCCUUAAAGCAGUACGACAUGCUAUGCUUGUUUUACCACGAGCCCCUGGCAGACAACAAGGAGCAGCAGAAACAACAUCAGAUGACGGAGCUGGUGCUGGAGCUCGUGGCUCAAGUCAUGGAAGAGAAAGACAUCGGCUUUGGAAUGGUCGACUCCCAAAAAGAUGCCAAGGUGUCGAAGAAACUAGGCCUGGAGGAGGAAGGCAGCGUGUACGUGUUCAAAGCCGAUCGUGUGAUUGAAUUUGACGGCUGGCUCUCGGCCAACACCCUGGUGGAGUUCUUGCUGGAUCUAUUGGAGGAGCCCGUGGAAGUGAUAGACAACGCUCUGGAGCUGAGGGCUUUUGACAGGAUGGAGGAGGACAUCCGUGUCAUUGGUUACUUCAAGGGCGAGGACUCAGAGCAUUACGACGCCUUCAAGGAAGCCGCUGAGCAGUUUCAACCCUACAUCAAGUUCUUUGCCACCUUUGACAAAUCUGUGGCCAAAGAGCUCACCCUGAAGUUGAACGAGGUUGACUUCUAUGAGCCCUUCAUGGAGGAGCCCGUCACCAUCCCGGGAAAACCUCUUUCCGAGGAUGAUCUGGUCGACUUCAUAAAUGAGAACAGACGGCCAACUCUGAGAAAGCUGCGUGCAGAGGACAUGUUUGAGACCUGGGAGGACGACAUCGAGGGCAUCCACAUUGUGGCGUUUGCAGAGGAGGAGGACCCAGAUGGUUUCGAGUUCUUAGAGAUCCUGAAAGAGGUGGCCCGGGACAACACACACGUUCAAGAGCUCAGCAUUGUGUGGAUUGACCCUGAUGACUUUCCGCUGUUGAUCCCCUACUGGGAGAAGACCUUCAAGGUGGAUCUGUUCAGACCGCAGAUUGGAGUCGUCAACGUUACAGAUGCCGACAGCGUGUGGUUGCUAAUGGAAGAAGAGGAGGAUUUGCCCACGGCUCAGGAGCUGGAAGACUGGCUUGAAGACGUCCUCUCGGGAAAAGUCAACACAGAAGAUGAUGAUGACGAUGACGACGACGAUGAUGAUGACGACGACGACGAUGAUGACGAUGAUGAUGAUGACGACGACGAUGAUGAGUAAUAUGCAUCUUUGAACAUGAAUAAUCUCAUAACCCCAACCAACAUCAGCAAUUCCGCUUCAGAACAUGCGAACACUUGCUGUUUUUAAUAAGCCGACAUGGAUCUUCAACACAGUAAAUUGACUAGGUUGAGGUUUAGUGAUUGACGAUUCAUCACAUUGAUCAAAACAAUCCCAUCUGUUCAUGAAAGCACAGUAAAACCUCCAUCUGCACUCACUGGUAAUAAACCAAACUGGGUGCUUCA